CUUCAAACAUUCAAAUUACACCUCCAGCCGCAUCUCCGAAAUGGACACCCCUGUUCGCCGCAUCAUUACCGCUCACGAUAUCAAGGGCAAAGCCUUCUUUGCUUCAGACGAGACCCUCAUUCCGUAUGAUCCAACCACGGCGCCAGAAUUCACCACUCCAGGCCCGAACUCCGGUUUUGGCGUUGUGCAAAUUCACCGAUCGCGCGGCUUCCCAGCCGAUAAUAUGCGCGAGUUUCCCGACCCCAAUAGAACCCUCGUUCCUCUAGCCGAUACCAAGGGACCAUCCUGUCGUAUCCUUGACCUUCCUCCUGCUGAAAAAGGAUGGAUGCAUCGAACCUUGAGCUUGGACUACGCCGUCAUCCUGUCUGGAACUGUCGGUCUGAUCACCGAUGAUGGAGUCGAGAAAACUCUCAACCCGCACAAUGUCAUUGUGUGUCGGGGAACAAACCACGAGUGGGUGAAUCGUGGCCAGGAUGUCGCUAGAAUAUUCGUUGUGGUUGUACCUGCAAAGGAGAUUAUCACGGAGGACGGUCAGAGACUGGAGAAGACGCCGGCUGGGCCCAUUUUUGACCCUGAGGAAGAAGAUUAGGGGAAUGCCUCGAGAGGAAUUCGUCACGAAAGCUAUAAGUGACCGCUUUUGUAUAAUUGAAGAUGCUUUGUUG